AUGACCACCCUGCCCCCACUACCCAUGACACACCCGAAGCUUGUGGCCUUGGCCAGACAGAAGCUGCCUUGCUCCCACGGAACCAUUCCCAGGUCUCAACUGAUCAAAGAGAAAGAUGACAUAGAUCAUUAUCUGGAGGUGAAUUUCAAAGGAUUGUCAAAAGAGGAGGUUGCUGCUCACAGGAACUCGUACAGGAAGAACAUCUGUGUGGAUAUGCUGCGGAACGGUUACCACAAAUCCUUCACUGAGCUCUUCAGUCUCAUGGAGCAGUGGGAUGCCCUGAGGGAGACAGCGAGAGUGAGGUCCCUUAUCUGGCAACAGAAGCCCUUGGAGGAGCAGCCGGAUAAACUGGACUGCUUUUACUACUACCUGACCAGGGCUGAGGCUGCAGAGAGGAAAGAAUACUUUGAAGAUGUAUACAACAAUUUGUAUGCUCUGGCCUGUUACUUCAAUAAUUCUGAGGACAAGUGGGUGAGGAACCACUUCUAUGAACGAUGUUUUAAGAUUGCCCAGCUGAUCAAAGUUGAUGGUGGGAAGAAGGAAGCCGAGGCAUAUGCACACAUGGGUCUUCUCCACGAGGAAGAUGGUCAGCUUCUGGAAGCUGCAGAAUAUUAUGAGACCUUCCAUCAACUGACGCAGGGGCGGAUAUGGAAGGAUGAGACGGGCCAUGUUCUCAACUUGUUGGCCUGUGAGAGUCUCCUGAGGACCUACAGAUUACUCUCAGACAAAAUGCUGGAAAAUAAAGAAUACAAACAGGCCAUCAAAAUUCUAAUAAAAGCUACUGAAAUAGCCAAAGAAGGAAAUGACAGAAAGAUGGAAGGAGAAGCUUCCUAUUACUUGGGAUUGGCAUACUUAGCUGCUGCAGAAUAUGAGACAGCAUUAACAGUCCUUAAUACAUGCUGUAGAAUCUCCUCAGACCUGGACGACGAUCUCAGCCUGGGGAGAGCUUACGAAGCCAUAGCCAAGGUCCUGCGGAGCCAAGGAGAUACAACAGAAGCAAUUAAAUACCUGAAAAAGUGUUUGAAAAUUUCAAAAAGCAUUUCUCAAAACCUAGAUAUUGUGAGAGAAAGUACAAUGCUUGGAGACAUCUAUAACGAAAAAGGAGACUACAGCAAGGCUUCUAAAUCAUUCCAGCAAGCUUUUGAUACAACUGUAGAGCUAAUGAAUGUGUCCCUGAUGGAUGAGACCAAAGUUCAUUAUGGAAUAGCAAAAGUGGAUCAGAUGAUGCUGGCCAUGAGCAGUUAUAUAGAAUCUGCAGAUCUCAACAGCCUCGAUGCCCUGCUGUCUUGGAAGGAGAGCAGAAGUGACAUUGAACUUGAUGUGGUUGCUGGAGAGUCUGGAAGAUCCACAGAUGCAAGUGAAAUUCAAAAUCCAGAAUAUUUGGAAGAAUUUAGCAGGUUUCUAGAUAAUGGAAAAGAUUGAAAUGUAAAUGAAGCAACUUUUGACUCAACAUCAAAGCAAGAAACUUAUCAUGCCAUCCUUCACUCUGAUCCCUGUAAUAGGAAUGUGUCACAAAUAACAUAGCUACAAUAAAAUUGACUUGCUUUACAGUUUGCUAAAAAUGUAGACUAAAAUAUCAAAGUGUCUGAAAACGCAAUCAACUCUGCAUUCAUUGUCCAAAAUCACCCUUAAAGUAAACUACACGUUUUUCCUAUUCAGAAUUCCACAAGAAAUAAUAAUGUCAUCAAGUCAAGAUUCAAUUAUUUCUAGUGAGGAAAACAAUUACAAACUUAAGGAAAUCUCCGAUGUUGAAUAAAUAGAGGGUAAUAUAUUGUAAAACUUCAGAGAAAGCAUUGCAGCAUAGAUGAAAAGG